ACUCUCAAUUCUGGCCAUAAAUCUAACGCCACCGAUUUCAUCAAUCUCUAAUGUCCAUACCCAGUUAUCUAAAACCUAUCAAUAUUCUCUAAUGUAUAAAUAUAUAUACGGUCCGUUCAUUUUCAUUUAUCCAGUCAUAAGUAUAACGUUAAAAAAAUGUUACAAUAUCUCUUAUCACCUUAGUGUUAUAUAUAUUUCUGGGAGCUGCAUAAGGUAACUAAUUAAUUAGAGAAAUGUAUUUUCUUAUUGCAGAAAUGGAAUCCCAACUGCCUGCUACGUCCAAACCGUCAAAUGAAGAAGAAACCUGCCCUAAAACCCCAGAAACAUACAGGAAAAUCAUUUCAACUCUUCCCAGAGAAGAUGGCUGGAAGGCUCACGGCGAUCUUUGCCUAUACCAAAACUUUUGGUGCUAUUCCUAUGGAAUAGAAGGUGCCAUGUUUGCUCAAGAUCACUACAACGCUCAACCCACCGAUAUUUUUCUUUGCAGCUUUCCGAAAAGUGGCACCACUUGGCUCAAGGCCCUCACCUUCUCCGUUGUAACUCGAACUCAUUUCGACAAUUCCACAACCCCAUUGCUCUUAAAGGGUCCCCAUAAUUGCCUUCCCUUAUUGGAGAUCGAUUUUUGCAGGAAAGGAAUAAAGCCAGAGCCGGGAUCUCUUCCACUUGUGGCCUCCCAUUUGCCGUACGCUUCGUUGCCGAAAUCUAUAAAUGAUUCAGGGUGUAAGAUUGUUUACAUUUGCAGAGAACCAAAGGAUGCGUUUGUUUCUAUGUGGCACUAUACACGCAAGUUACCUCAUGGAGUUCAGGAACCGAUGUCUUUGGAAGAGGCUUUUGAGUUAUUUUGCAAAGGAGUUUCUGAUUUUGGCCCUUAUUGGGAUCAUGUAUUAGGGUUCUGGAAAGCAAGCUUGGAACGACCUGAGAAAAUAUUGUUCUUGAAAUAUGAAGAUAUGAUGAGGGAGACGUUGUUGUAUGUGAAGAGGAUGGCGGAGUUCAUGGGAUUUCCUUUCUCCUUAGAGGAAGAGAACAAAGGGAAAGUAAGGAGUAUAGUUGAGUUUUGUAGUUUUGAGAAUUUGAGCAAUUUGGAGAUUAAUAAGAGUGGAAAAUAUGCUCCACAUAUUCCCGUUGAGAACAAAACAUUCUUUCGGAAAGGUAAAGUUGGAGAUUGGAAAAACUAUCUUACGCGUGAAAUGGCUGAGCAUUUGGAUGAAAUAACAGAGCAGAAAUUGGGUAGAUUUGACUUAUCAUUUGAUGAUGUAUAAGCGUAGACAAUAUUCUUGUAAUAAAGGAAAAUAAAAAUGUCGUGUUCUGUAAGGAUUUGUUCGAUUUACAUAUGUGGGUACUCUCUUCACAUUUUCAA